AUGGCGUGCACUCUUCGCGUUAGCACCUGUCCUCUGUCGUCGUCAGCGUUCGUCACUCGAAACUGUGUGCGCAGCCACGUGGCACUAGCUGGUGCUACGAAUGGCAGAGGACGCGCUCUUGCGGUGCAGCCGCGGGCGCAGGUUUCGGAUAAGGUAGAACCGCGCCUCCUCGUCCAACACCUGCCACACCCCCACGCUCCUGCCACACCCCCACGCUCCUGCCACACCCCCACGCUCCUGCCACACCCCCACGCUCCUGCCACACCCCCACGCUCCUGCCACACCCCCACGCUCCUGCCACACCCCCACGCUCCUGCCACACCCCCACGCUCCUGCCACACCACCCCCACGCUCCUGCCACACCCCCACGCUCCUGCCACACCCCCACACUCCCCCUCCCAUUCCACAUCAACGCCUUCCCUCCCCCACCCCUCCCUCUGCCUCCAUCUCCCCUCCGCAGUGGUGUUCAAUGAGCUCAAAUCGCUCGGGCUCAAAAGCAUCUCACCAGAGGAGGCAGCAGCCAUGGCCUACGGCACCACUGACGGGUCAGAGGCCAGCGAGGGCAGUGGGAGUGGAAGCACGGAGGGCAGUGGGAGCGGGCGGGCAGUGCUGCUGGACGUGCGGGAAGCGGGGGACUACGAGGAGGUGCAUGCGCGCGGGGCAGCGAGCGCGCCGCUCUUCCGCCUCAUCCAAGGCAGCGAUCUCACCGCGUGGGCCCGCCGCGUGGGGUACGCGGCAAUGGGGGACUUCAAGGGCACGGAGCGCAAUCCGGAACUGCUCAAGCAGGCGGAGGCGGCGGUGGGGGGGGAUAAGAGCCGCACUGUGAUUGUGAUGUGCGGGCGCGGCGGCACGCUGCAGAACGUGUCGAUGCGCAAAGGCAUGGAGUUCCGAGACCCUGACAAGCGAUUCGGCCUCCAGUCCAGGUCUCUCAAGGCGUGCUACGAGCUGCAUGUGGCGGGGUUCAGCAGCAUCCUCCAUCUGGACGGCGGACUCAACCUCUGGCUGCACAAGAAGUUACCCUCGGAGCCAUGA